GUCCAUGCUGAAAAAGAAUAAGACUGCUGGGACUCUGCAUUCUGAAAUAAUGAGACCAAAAUAAAUGUUUUUGGAACUGAUGGCUUCAAAACUGUAUGGCGUCGCAAAGGUGAGGACUGCAAAGAAAAUGCAUGGUGCCUACAGCGUAACAUGGUGGUGGCAGGGAACUUCUGUGGGGCUGCAUGAGUGCUGCUGGUGUCGGGGAGUUGCAUUUCAUUGAUGGUAUACUGAAUUCACAGAUGUACUGCUCUAUAUUGAAAGAGAAGUUUUCCAAUAUGGCAAUGAUCCAAAACACACACAUCUAAGGCCACUGUUGCAUUUC